AUGCCGUCCUUCUACCCGCGUCAGCAUAUGCCUCGGCAGCUGCUUACACCACCAGAGUUUGUGCCUAGCUACCACUCUGCUUGCGGAGGGGCUUCGUACCAGCAGCAGAACGGCUACGCCAGCCAGCCUGCCAUUCGUCAAGAUGAUGGCUACGACUUCGCAGACCGCUAUGGUCAACUUGCAAUGGCCAUGCCACCCAUGUACCCACAAGCUGGCACCUACCUGAGCAACGCACCGCCCAGCCUUCCACCUGCAAGCUCCUUCUACGAUGCUGCAGCUGCCACUGUUCUGCCACCCAUGCGCGUCCCCUCAGGCCACUCCCUAGCCGAGGCUGCCAUGCAUCAACAGCGCGCGCAAGAGUACAGCCAGCGCAUGAGCCAGCCAGCAAAGGAAGAGAAGCCGGUGGGUGGUGUCUCCGCCAAGCUGGACUACGACAUGGACGUCAUGACCGAUUUUGUGUGCGAGACAGCGCUGCGUCUCAUCACUCCUGGCCGCAUGAUGCCCCCUUCGUUCCGCAAGUGGGUUCACCAAGUGCUGUGUGCAACCAGGUUGCCGUCUGCGACCAUUCUGCUCAGCAUGUUCUAUCUGUCCAACAGGAUGCCCAUGCUGACCAGCGAACCAAAGACGGAUACCCACCUGUACCGUCUUCUGACCAUUGCACUGGUCUUGGGCAGCAAGUUCCUCGACGACAACACCUUUAUUAACCGUUCAUGGUCGGAAGUCAGUGGCAUCCGGGUCGACGAGUUGAACAGGCUGGAGAUGGAAUGGUUGAACGAUAUUGACUACAAGCUCCAUCGAGACCCGUCCGAGUCACAGGGUUGGACAUUCUGGUCGGACCACUGGAAGGAGUACCAGAGCCAUGCUACCGUCCGCACCAGUCGCAGCAGCAAGCUCAGUCCCAUCGAUACUUCCUUCAACCGACGUUCCUUCAACCCCAACAAGCCGCUUCCGCCGCUACCCAUGCAGCAAGCCUACAGCUCCCUGCCGUAUGAGUACACGCCAAAGUCUACGCAGUCGUCAUACAAUACUCCAAGCUACGCCCAGUACGAUCCCUGGAGGUCUGCCAAUGAUCACUCUCCUGCAUCAGCACCCACCACGGGUCCCACUACUCCGGAGUACUAUGGCACAACGGGAGCCUGGGGUCCGAUUGAAGGGUACUCGCGUCGCACCAUGUUCGGUUUCCCACCCCUGUCUCAGCCCACGGCUGCCCAACACUCGCAACAGCAUGCGACCAACUACGGACUGCCCGCGUACACGGCGCAGUACAACAGCUCGGCCUGGAACCAGCAUGGUAUCAGCUGUAGUUGCGCUUACUGUGUACAACGCCACCCGCCGUACUUCAUGGCUCCUGGUUACGGACCUCAGGCUGUAGCCGUCUAA